UGUAUAAGUAUUUAUUUCAUCCAAAAAGUAUACAGUUUCUCUUCAAACUUUGAACGAAAUGUCGUUUUUGAUUCGAGUAGUCAUCGUUUCCCUUGCAAUCUGCAUAAAUAUCACCAAAAAAUCAAUUGAGAACAAAACAUCUAUUUCUGUGUCGAAUAAGGUCUUAUUAUGCAAAUGUGUAAAAAAUAAAGCAGGCGAAGAAUGGUGGGAAUAUGGUCACUUCUAUCAUGUCUAUGUGCGUUCAUUCAAAGACAGCAACGGAGAUGGCAUCGGAGACCUAAAUGGUCUCACCUCCCGACUACCUUACCUCAAGGACAUUGGUGUAGACGGAGUUUUGUUGUCGCCAAUAAAUUCGAGUCCUUUGAAAGACUUCGGUUAUGAUGUAUUAAAUUAUCUAGAAAUACAUUCGGAUUACGGAACACUGGAAGAUUUUUUGAAAUUGGUUAAACGAUGCAAAGAGUUGGAUUUAAAAUUGAUUAUGGAUUUUAUUCCCAACCAUACAUCCGAUCAGCACGAGUGGUUCAAGAAAUCCUCAAGAAAUAAUUCAAAAUAUAAAGACUAUUACAUUUGGCAUGAGGGGAAAAGAUUACCAAACGGAACUAGAGUUGAACCAAGCAAUUGGCGCAGUGUGUUCGGCGGAAGUGCAUGGACUUGGGUUGAGAGCAGACAACAGUAUUAUUUGCAUCAAUUCCUACCCGAACAGCCAGAUCUUAAUUUCCGAAAUGAAGCUGUUGUUAAAGAAAUGGAAGAAGUUAUGAGAUUUUGGCUACGAAAAGGCGCUGCUGGCUUUCGUGUUGAUGCCGUUGGAUAUUUAAUGGAAUCUAAACCAAAUAAGAAAGGAUACUAUGAUGACGAACCAUCGUUCGAUAUUCAAAAUCCAUUCAACAAUCCGGGUUUGAAUCUGAAUCAAAAUGGUCACGAAGGAUUGAGACAUAUUCACACGAAAAAUUUGGAUGAAUCAUAUGAUUUGGUAUAUCGUUUCCAUGAUGUUGUCAAAGAAACGCAGUUUGCAAGCUUUCCACGAAUUUUGAUGACCGAAGACUACACCGAUCGUAUUGAGGACACAUUGAAAUAUUUCGGAAAAAUUCGAUGGGGUAAGAUAAGCAGAAAUGGGGCCGAAGUUCCGUUCAUAUUUAACACGAUACAAGAUGCAAGACGUUCGUCGUCAGCUGGUUUUUUCAAUAAAGCAAUCAAUAAUUGCAUGGGUCACAUCAAUAGCUAUGCGAAAGAAGACAAAAUACAUCCGAAUUGGAUGUUAGGAAAUCACGAUGGCCAAAGAGUAUCAACGAGAUUCGGAGAAAACCGCACUGACCUGUUUAAUAUCCUGAUAAAAACACUGCCGGGGAUCAGUUUAACAUAUUAUGGUGAAGAAAUUGGAAUGACCGAUGUACGUAUUUCUGAGGAAGAUAAAGUCGAUCUAAAUAGUCGUAAUCGUGAUACCUGUCGAACACCAAUGCAUUGGGAUGGUAAUACAAAUGCGGGUUUCAGUACAUUGAGUAAAGCUAGAAAAACGUGGCUUCCAAUCGCUUUAAAUUAUGAACAAGUGAAUGUCGAAGUGCAAGAGUCACAACCUCGCAGUCAUUUGAAUGUGUUUAAAAAGUUGAGUGAAUUGCGAAAAAAUCCAACAUUGAAAUAUGGGGAACUGACAAUCGAAAAGGAUGGAAAAAAUGUGCUUGCAUACAAACGGCAAAUCGAUGGUGAGGGCGAUAUCGUUGCUGUUGUUCUUAAUUUUGGUUCAAAGCUCGAAUUUUUGAACGCAAAAAGACUUCUUCAUGAACUUCCUGAUCAAAUGGAAGCAUUUGUUUCUUCUAUCCAUUUCCAUAUCGAAGGUAAUGUCGACACUCGUAAGCUGCAAAUACCACCAUAUGCUGGACUUGUUUUAAUUAAAAAGACAGAUGUGAAAUCGAAAUCUCAUCGAUCCACACCGGCAUCAACUUCAAAAUCAAAAUCAUGGUUUUCAUAAAAAAAAAUUGGAAAAACAAAUGCCCAUCGGAUGCCAAGACAAACUCUCAAUCUCUUUUUAACUCUAUUAGUAUACGUAUUGAUGCUACACUCCAUUUUGUGUAUGAAUAAAGUCCACAUUUACUUUCGAAAA